AAGGGGGGAUGAUUUCCACCAAGGCUUUUUUACGCUGGUAGGCACCUAUAUAAACUCUUUCUGCUUAGGGUUCUGCUAUCAGUUUCGUGAACUAAAUCAAUUAUGAAGGUCCUCAUCGCUCUCUUGGCUCUAGUCGCCAUCGUUAGCUUGGCCCAAGCUGGAUAUUUGGGAAGUUAUUAUGGUGGAUACGGCGGUUAUGGCGGUUACGGCAGCGGAUAUGGUGGUUACAGAGGAUGGAGAGGAUACGGAGGAUACGGGGGAUAUGGUGGCGGUUAUGGUGGAUAUGGGGGUUACAGGGGCUACGGCGGAUAUGGAGGAUACGGAGGAUGGAGAUCAGGAUGGUGGUAGAUAGUGCGUGCUUUAUUGCAACUACCAUCAUGGAAUGAAGACAAGAACUGUCGAUAUCUUUAUUAUUUUCACAAAGUAUUAAAUUAAAAUUGUUUAUAAUUUUUACCGUGUUUUGUACCUAAAUUUGAUGUGAAUAAAAUUUUGGUUUUAUAA